AUGGCCAAAGAACAGACCUCCCGCUUCCUGGACUUCCAGGAAAUCCCGUACGGCACCAAGAGGAAUGGUGAACUGAUCCUCAACAGGUACUCGUCUGUCCUCACCAACGGCAAUGAGUAUCCGGGAGCCAAAGCAAUGCUGCACGCCGCCAUUGGUGGUAGUGCGAAUGCAGACAAGAUGCAAACGGCGCCUCAAGUCGUCGACCACCAGAUCCAGACCGAUGGCUGA